AUGUCUAACCAUUCAAACGAGCAACAGGGUGUAAAUGUUCUCGAUAGCGUCACCCAAGACCUCUUCCGUUAUUCAGCUGAUGCUUCCCUCACCGUCGAGCAGAUCAAGGAGCACGUCGACGAGUUUGUCCAGGACCCAGAUAUCCACCUCUUUUUCGGAAACCAACCAGUCUGGUCAUCGCAAGAGUACAUGGACAAACUGACAACCAUUCCCGAUCUGAUGGAUCUGGUCAAGACGCCCUAUUUGUUGGCUGUCACUCUCAGGGUUCUACCCAAGGUCGUCGGCCCUCGACAGGAUCUGGUGGGCAUCAGGAUCGUACGAGUCGACUUGUACGACAAAUUUGUCGAGCAAUGGUUCGCGCUCAGUCUGGAACGUCUGGAGAGCAGUGUCUUGAGCAGUGUGGAGAGAGAGGCACUCACUGAUUUGAUCAAAGACGGUUUUGUUACUCAAGGAAUCAACUUCCUGAAGCGACUCGCCGAUUCCAUCUUCACAAGGCAGAGCGGUGAUCCAGUUCUCCGGUACAUCCACACCCGCGACAAGGACACCUGGAAGGCCGAAGCCGGUCCCACGGAUGUCCAGUCACUCGAUCCUGACUGCCCCCUGCUUAGACAAAACCUUCUCUCCGAGGUAUCUGUCCUGCGGUUCCUGAGCGAGCGAGUGCAGAAGGACUCGGGAUUCGAGGUUCAGCUCCGCGAGGUCAUCGAGAGAUCCAAGUCCGACCCAUUUUUUGCCACGGCGACAGCCAAUGCCAUCACGAUCUUGAUCAGGGCCGGUUUACGAUUCAUCGGAGCCGAUCUUCGAGGUAUUCGAUUUCCAGGAGCGAAUUUCUCUGGCGAACAGUUUGAUUAUACACAGUUCCAAGGAAUUGACCUCGCUGGCGUCAAUUUAGCGAGGAGCUGGCUACGCCAGAUGGAUGCCAACUUUAGUCCUAUAUCCCACUUUGCGUUUUCUUCGACUAGCCAUCAACUCGCCAUCAGCAACUUGAGUGGUGUAGUUAGUGUUUACGAUACACAAACACGAACCCUCUUGAAGACGAUUACCUUGGAGGAUGUGGAAGUGUCAAUAUUGACAUAUUCGCCAACCGACCAGCAGCUCGCAGUUGGCGCCGCCAGCCGAGACUCGAUCCAUCUCUGGGACCUGAAGUCAGAUGAGUCCGUUGUCCAACUGGGACUGAACGAUGCCGUCUCUGAGGGUGUGAAGUGUAUCGCCUUCUCACUUUGCGGUAACUGGAUUGCUUCUGGAUAUGCCGGCGACAAGACCGUUCGUCUCUGGCAUCGUCGUCGUCUCCAAUCAGGAAACACAGUGGGCAAGGACGAGGUGGGAUCAUGGAGGAGUGUCCCCAUGCCAAGCGGAUUUUUCGAUACCGUCACCAGCAUCUCAUGGAACCUCGUUAAGCCCCUCGAGAUUGUCACCUGCUCUCAAGAUCAUUCCGUUCGCGUCUGGAGGAUCCUGGACCAUGGUGACGGGAAAGACUUUACUGUGCGCAUGCUGUGGGGUACCAAUCUAGGACAACUGCAUGUGUCGGGUUUGGUGUCUGGAAAUGUGGCUGGUCUUGGACCUGUGUAUGAGAAGUUGUUGGUCCAAGGAGGUGGUGUUAAUGAGUCUUGGUCUGUGAAGGAGGAAGCACUAGUCUCCGAGGAGUAG